AUGACGCUCUCACCAAGCACUCAACGCGCCCCAUGGCGCGACAUUCUCGACUCCCACCUGGAAAAAACACCAGGCUAUGAAUUUACGAUUGCGACCGUGGGCCGUGAUAUCCAGGGUCGUUUUGUUCCCCGGGUACGCACCUGUGGCUACCGCGGCUUCUUCCCGGAGCUUGAAUUGCAUCCGAAGGGCCAACAAGCUAUGGAUGAACAGGUGGAGGAGGGUGGUAACCCAUCUGUUUACGAGAGUGACAUGCUGACAUUCACCUCCGAUACCCGGAUGGAGAAAUUGGGCCAGCUAGAGGAGUCUGGGCACGCUACUGAGGCUAUCUUCUGGUUGAAGGAUGUCAUGGCUCAGUGGCGGGUGAAGGGCAGAGCCUAUGCAGUUGGGAAUCUAAGUGAGGAUGAGGAAGUUGAACAAGCUUCCCGGAAGGAAGCUGCAAAGGGUCUUAGGGUGAAGAGCGAUGCCAAUGGCGAUGCCGCCAAGUGGACGUGGGAGAAGGCCGUGACAAAGUAUUUUGCAAACCAUUCUCCUAUUAUGCGAGGUUCUUUCAAAGCACCGCCCCCUGGACAGCCGCGGUCCAAGGUUCCGGAUGAUCAAUCUUUGGGUCUAGGACAGAAAGUCACAGAUCUUCAUGAUCCUGUUGCUCGUGGGAAUUUCAGGGUCGUUAUUAUCCUGCCGGAGGAAGUUGAGCGGCUGGAUCUCUCAAAUCAAGAGGAUCCCAAGAGAUGGAAGUGGACAUUGGUCAACGACCAAUCUGGGAGCCAUUGGGUGGAGACCGAGUUAUGGCCGUGA